UGAAUCAAAGACAACCAGCACUGGCAGGAAGGAUGGGAGGAGACGAGCCUAGACCCCUGGCUCCCCAACUUUGGUCUGUAUUGGCCAGGGGGACCUGACCCAAGGGAUGGAAGCAGAAAGCACAGGUAACUGGAAGCCUGUGAUGCUAGUCAUUGCCUGGGUCCUGCAAAAGGUUUGGGGAUCAAGGCUCUUAGCCAGUGGGCCUGGCCCGAGGCAGCCCCAGGAGCAAGAAAUGUGAGGUCUGCUGAGGGCACGGCAAGUAGAAUCCUGGCCCUGUGUGAGGUGAGGCCUGGUUGCCUGGUGACUCCCUGGGCAGCCCCUGCUGUCAAAAGGACUGCUUGCUGUGCUCUCCCCUCAGCUGCACUCACCCUGGGACCUCUCCUCUUGCCACCAUGGCGCGGGAACUCAACAUAGAUUCUGUGCGGCAGAACUUCUGGAAGGAGCGACAUCUGAGGGAUCAGAAGUUGCGAUGUGAUUGGUACCUCAAGUAUGCGGCGAAGGUGAAGGCCAAGCAGAAGGCUAUGGCUGAAACCCGUCUCCCUCUCAAACUGCCCGACCUGUACCCAAAACCCCCGCUCUCACCCCCACCUCCCCCCAAAACAGCCCCUUCCAAGGUCCCCAGCCCUGCCGCGGAGGCUCCUAUGCAAUCAGAAAUGUACCCAGUCCUGCCUUCCAUCCGGGCCCUGCUGUACGAAGGUAUCUCCCACGACUCCCAGGGGCGCUACUGCUAUCUCAACACCCGGAAGCUGGACGUGCCAGAGAAGCGCUACCUCUUCCCCGUCACCACCAACUUCACCUACGGCUGGCAGCUGGGCCCCACAGGGAAGAGGGAGCUGGCCUCCACCAAGUUGUGCCGCAUUGACACGUUCUUCCGCAAGAACGGGGCCUUCGCACCGCUUGACCCCCGAGACCUGGUCCUCUGA